CACUCGAGGAUCUAGAUAGCUGGCUGGCUGUACAGAUCGAUACGGUACUUCUCUUCCACAUACGCUAUACGUCUCGACUCUAGCUCUACGGCCGAAGUUCCCGCGAAUCACAUUCUACACGUUCGGCGAUAGUUGUUUGAUGAUUUAAAUAGAAGUAAGUCGAAGACUGUGCUAACAACAACAUGGGGAUUCCAAAGCCACAUUCAGAAGGAGAUCUAGAUGCUGAAGUGUCUGAAGGUAAAGUCAAAGAUCAUGACACUGCAAGUGCAAGGUCUUCUGAAAACAGCGAGGAUUUAGGUGUGGCCUUUUCUUGCAGCAAGUGGUGUAAGCGUCAGCUGAGCCCAGAUGAGAUCAUUGAAGAUUUCCUCAAACGUUGUGAUGAAGAAUCAGCAAAUUUUGUGGCAGAGGGUGCUUUCCAAUCACAGCUAAACUUAGAAUAUGGAGCAGAGGAAAGGGAGAAAGUAGACAUAUUUUCACCAAAAUCAGCUGAUAAAGAUGCACCUGUGUUUAUGUUUCUACAUGGAGGCUACUGGCAAGCAGAGCAAUUAAGUAAGGAUAAUAACUCUCUACUUGGAGCUCCGCUCGUCAAGAAUGGUGCCGUAUUGGUCACCGUUGGAUACUCUUUAGCGCCUGAGUGUACCCUACAUGAAAUGGUCGAACAGGUUAAAAAGGCUGUGGUUUUUGUGGCCAAAAGAUUUCCAGAUACUAGAGGGAUUUUCAUAUCUGGUCACUCAGCUGGUGGUCAUCUGGCAGCCAUGAUGCUGUCCGUAGACUGGUCAAGCCUUCUAGAGGGCAGCAAGAAUGUUGUCAAAGGUAUCCUUCCUAUGUCCGGUAUAUAUGAUGUUCGACCUAUUACAAAAACUUACAUUAACGAGCCAAUGUUACUUACAGAGUCUAGUGCAUCUUCUGUGAGCCCUCUUCUUCUUGUGGAUGCUAUCCCAAAAUGUAAUCUUGAGGUCAAAGUUCACAUCCUGGUAGCCGAGUAUGAUCCACCUGUUCUUCAAAUACAAGCACAAGACUACAGCAAGCUACUAUCAUCUCUUGGACUAGAUGUUGAGACGAUGACGUUACCUGGUAAAGAUCAUUUUGAGGAGAUGACAGACUUAUCUGAUGAAAACUGCCCAUUUCAAAAGGUCUUCCUUCAAGCGAUGGGUUUGACAUCAUGAUGGCCAUCCUCCAAGUAAAGUGAACUUCCGUGGUAAUAUUUAUAUUGAUAAAGUAGUCAAGUAGAAGUUCAAAUUAUGGUUAGGGCAUAAUUAUAUAUUCCCCUUUGGCCUUAGGAGGAUAUCAUAGUAUCCAAUUGGUGUAGAGCACCAAUAUCUAGGUGCUUAAUCAGCGGCGCAGAUGAGACUGAAAAAUGACUGACUAUCCUGUCCAUGAUUCUCCUCGGGGAAGACUUGGAUAAUGGCUAGUUGUAAGCAAUGUGGAAUAGGCAAAGUAGCAAUAUAAUACGAAAAGGACUGCUCUGGAAAUGACCUUAUACAGUAUUCCAAAUAUGACUGCAAGUAGUACUAUUAUAUUGACCAAAGUUAGAUGCUGCAAGGGUGUACAGUCCCAUAUACAGUUAAACAUGUCUGUGUGGCUGCCUCUAUAUAAAGGCCACCUGUUCAAAGUGGCCAUGUAUUUUGUGUCUUUAGAGAUGAAGUUGAGUGAACUUCUGUAGUACUAUAUUAGUAACAUACAUGCAGAGAGGUAGAGUUGUGGUUGAGGAUAAAAGUUUGAUGCCACAAAAGUAUACAUUCCCAUAUACAGUUAAACAUGUCUUUGUGGCUGCCUCGAUUAUGUAAUAGCUACCUGUUUACAGUGGCCAUGUAUUUUGUCUCCCCUGA